CCCGCGGCCCAAGAGCGCGCACGCCGCCGCCACGGCUCCCUGCAGCGCCUCUGGUCGUUGCCUCCUUCGCUCGGCUUGUGGCCCUUUGCCUUCGCGGCCUGCAAGCCCGGGUCCGCCCGAGAAGGAAGGAGGGAGGGAGGGAGGGAGGAAGCCGGCUGCCCUCUGGCGGGGAGGGGCCCCAGCCCCGGCCUGCCUGCCUGCCUGCCCCUCGGACCCGAUCCCCCGAAGAAGCAGCACCGCCUCAGAAAAUGAUGCAUCCUGUUGCAAGUGGUAACUCCCCUUUCUGUGGGACUGGAAAGAGUUCUUGUCUUAAUGAUGACAACGGGACACCAGCUGACCAGUUUGAUUUAUAUUCGACGCAACAAACAAAGUAUGGCCACACAGUCAGCCACAAGCCAAUACCAUGCCAGAGACAAGAUCCAUUAAAUGAGCCACAUUUGCAGACCACAAGUGGCAGGAGUAUAGAGACGAAAGAUGAACUGAAGAAAAAGAAAAAUCUCAACAGAUCUGGUAAACGUGGAAGACCUUCGGGGACCACAAAAUCAGCGGGAUACAGAACAAGCACAGGUAGACCGCUGGGAACCACCAAAGCAGCUGGAUUUAAGACAAGUCCAGGCAGGCCCUUGGGUACAACUAAAGCUGCAGGAUACAAAGUCAGCCCAGGGAGACCUCCAGGUAGCAUUAAAGCUCUCUCACAGCGUGCUAAUCUAAGUUAUACUUGUAGCAGUGCAGCCUUCCCUUACUCUGUGGUCCAUAACAGAGCUUUGCAUGCUGCCGCUGAGACAAGUAGUAAAAUCAAGCAACCCACUGAAUGAAGGAGGAGGAAUCUGAACAGUAAUUCUUUUUUAAAUUAUCCAACUUGUGGCAUGUUUUUUCACUUAUUUUGUAACUUUUCCAUAACUUACUUUCUUCUGUUUUAUUUUUUUAAGAUGUCAUAUCAUAAUCAUAUAUGUUUCUUGUGUUUAGAAGUGGACUCCUCAGUGAUGCCCUUGUUUGUUUCCAGAAAGUAAUUACUAAUAUUCUAAGUGACAAAAUACUUGUCUGACCAUCUCAGCUAAGUGGUUAACAACUGACUGAAAUAAAGGAAUUCUGUCUCCUAGGUUAUUUAAAGUCACAAUAAAUUGAAAAAUAUAUAAAAAUAGACUAACAAAAGCCAAUCAUUUAGUACCGUUUUACUAAUAAUUGUUCUGUCAAUUUUGCAAUGUAUUUUACCUUUCCCCCCUUUUUCAUGUUUAAGUAGGAGAGACUAUAAAAUAAAUUUUCCACAAUUGCUGGAACCUAACACAGACCUCAAGUAUUUGUAGAUACUUCAAAACUUAAAAAAUAUAUUUUUCAAAAAGUUGUCAUUCCAGGCAGUCAUUGUGUUAAAAGUGCUAUCAGUUUCGAGUAAUUCAGUAUUUUCAACACCUGAUAUUUUUGAAGUGCUAUUUUGCCAUUAAAGUUUGGCAACUCUUCUCAAUAUACUAAUUAUUGGCCACUGACAUAUACCUAAGACUACACAUACCAGAUUACAAAAAUUAAAUAUUUGAAAUGUUUUACAAAUAACUUCCAAAAAGUGCUAUCAAAUAUGCAUAUUACUUAUAGUCCUAGUUGAGAUUUUGACUAAGAUUUUACACAUUUUUGUACUUUUAACUUCCAAGUGAUUUAGAUAACCUUGGGUCUCCACAGAUGUGUAUAAUAUUUGGCUUUUAUCCCAAAUCUGUCCAUAAAUUUAUGAAUUCCAAAUAAUUUACAAUAUCUGCAGUUUUUAAAAAUACUUGGUGUGACUUAAACACACCUUUUCAGAUAGAAGAUGUUGUCAUUUUUAAUAGUAUUGCCAGUAGAAGUCUUAUUAUUUAUCACUCAUACUGUAGCUAAGAGAGCAUAUAUUUACCAAAGGAAGACAUUUCAUGGUUCAUAAUUGGAAAUGAUACAGCUGAUGCACAAGCAAGUUGUAAUUUGAUGUGUUUAUAGACCCAGAUAUAUAACAGACUAUAGGAAUACAUCUAUGCAUGGAGGUGCAGAACUAUAAAUACAUUUUCUGACAUUUUAUGCACCUAAAAUAAAUGUUCUACAUUAAAUUGGGUAUGUGUUGUUAUUUUCAAAUGUUUGUAUGAGAAAGGGAUACAAUGUAUAAUACACAUAUUACAUUGUAAUGGAAGAAAACUCUCAAUAUUGAGGAUAUUCCAAAUAUUUCUUUAGAAUUAUAGCUUGUCAGAAACUAAGUUUACAUAUAGUUAUAGAUUAUUAUUUUUUAAUUUUAUCUUCAAAUAGACAUGAUAAAGAAGUUAUGAAUACAUAUUUACAAAUUCAUGGGGGCAGAAGUCUUUCUGGUUAAUUAGAGAGAUUAAAAUGAACGGUAUUCUUUUUUUUUUCUUUGUAAAAUAAAAUGAUGUGGCCUGCUGAUGUUUUGAUAUGACAACUCUGAUUUUUGGUAAUGACAGCUUCAGAAAUGGAUGUCAUUUCAUGCCUUUUUUAUCAGGAAAAAAGCAGCAAGCCUUCAGGUGUUCCAGUGAUGCCUAACUCAUAAUGAGCUGGACUUUCUCCUGUAUUUUAUAAUAGGUAUUGAAUUGUUUUUGGGGGACUUUGUAUGCACUGGCAACCAUGAACCUCAACAGUACUGGAAGGCUCUUUAAUCAUGUAAACUAAUGGCAGCUAAACUGCUAGUAAAAUCGGGUUUGUUAUUAUUAUUAUUAUUGCUGUAGCUAUGAAGCUCAUUAUAUACUUCUUCAAGUAACUUUGGAGGUAUGAAACUUAUUUUUCCCCACAGUGUGAAACUUUCGACACACACACAAUGCUAAUGUGAGCUAAUUAACCCUCAGGACUCUUUUUGUUACACAAUCUUUUUCUCCCAACUGGAAAGACUGCUUCAGACUCUUUCUGACCUUUCUUGGAAAGCAGCUGAAUGUAAAAACAAGAAUGACAUACAUUUAUGGCAAGGAGCAAGUUGCAUGUCACCAGUGUACCUUUGAGUGACUACUACUUAUCACCUCCUCCUUUUCUCAUGCUAUUCUUUCUUUAACUUCUGACAUGUGCAUCUUCUUAGAGAUGCCAUUCAGCAUUUUGGGAGUUAACAUAAGUGCAUUGUUGUUCUAGUAUAGUGAAUUUUGUAUUCAAGUAUGCUAAGAAAAUAAUGAAAUUAUGUAAGCAAUGUAAGCUCAUUUAUGUUUAUUUUAUGAGAUGGAAUACACCCAUUUCAAAGGCUAAUGUUGUCAGUUGUGGGAAAAUAAAAACCCUCUUCCAUUUUUCUAAAGGCAGUUUUAACACCUUGGAUUUGUUAAUGAGGCCAGAAGAACACUGUUGGGCAUUUCCUGAUUCCAGUUCAUUUAUCCUCUACUGUGGUUUACAAGUGCCAUGAUGUGGGGGGAAAGCAAAAGUCAAGGACAUGAGAUGUUUGAAUGAUAUAUUCAAAUAUUUUUGCUACUCUUGUAUAUAGUCUUCAGAAUACAUUGUGCUCUUCUUCUUUUUGUAACACUGUCUCUUGUCAUGACAAACACUGAAACAGCAUGUUCAUUCUUAUACUUUGAUAUUAUUGGGCAGUGGGAAGAGGAAUGCCCUUUUUCAUUGUAGUAUUAAUACAUGAUUUGUAAAGCAAAAUGAUAAUUUUAUAUUAUAUACAUCUGCUUUUAGCUAGGAUUGUUGAUGUGUAUUGGCACUGUUCAGAAAAUCUACAUGUCAGACUUCUACUUUCUUUACUUUUUUGUUAAACAUAUACAUUUUGUCUUAUUUUUUAAUAAAGCAUUUAGUAUCUUUAAGCAUUAAUAAGGAUCUAUACUGAAGAAGCCUCUACUUUAAACACAAACAGAAAUUACUGAUCACUUUCUGAUGAAAUUUACUUAAACUAUAGAACCAAAUAACGUUUAACUACUAAGUUUGAAGUCUUGCACUGGAUAUUUUCAAAAUCUUGACACAGCCAUUAGUAGAGGCUUUAAUCACAAAGGGGACUAAAUAUUGUGAAAAUAGCACUUUUUGAAGAAAAGGCAGGCAGUUUCAUUCACUGCACCUAGGUUUUUUUCAUGUAUUGCAGUUUUUAAAAAAUCAUUAAAUGUCAUCGAUUAAGACUCAUCCACCAUUAUUUUGCAGUGGACCAUUUUAUUGUAUUCCAGACUUUCUUUCAGUCUUUGGACAAAUUCAGUUAAAUCAAUUAUAUGGGUAAGAAAUUCCCUAAUCUACAAUGCAGAAAGCAGUUAAUAUCAAUUUUUUUUUUACAUUUUCAAGAGUUUUGAAAGGCAGUGGCAGAAAUAACUUUUGUCCUAUUUCAUAAGCUCUGUUUUUCAUUACUAUAUGUACAGUAAAGUAUAACAUAACUUACUGAAUACAAAAGAGUUGCUUGCAAUCAGAGCUCUGGAUUUCUGCCUAUGCUUACAUAUUUUUAUUAUAAAUACAUUUAACAUAGUUCAAAUAUAGUUAUGCACACCAGAAAGAACACUAAAGCAACCUUUCCUUUGGCUUUUUUCCCCAAAAUAAGUAUCUCAUUUAAAUGAGUCUGCUAUGUAUAAACCGAUUUCAUCUUGAAAGUUAUAGUAACGUUGUUAAAGUUUAAUAAACUUAUGCUUAAAUGGGCCACGUCCACAUUUUCAUCAUUCACAAUUUGUGUUUCCUAUGAAACAUGUUAUUUUUAGUGGAAACAAUUGCUCAUUAAGUAUCAUCACCUUGUCUUCUGCUGUAAAAAGUCUGAUUAGAUACUGUGUAUGUUCUUAAGUCCAUGAACUUCAGCUACUCAUGUGCAAUUGUCUGUAUGGGAAUGGAGUAGUGUUCAUGAUCUGUAUUAUUUACAUCACCAUAUGGAUGUAUAUUUAUUAAUAAAGUAAUUGCCCUAAACACCAA